AUGCUCCUCUUCCAUCCAUUUAUUCAGAAGAAUGCUAUUUCUAGAUUCAAAUUCUUCUCAAGUGCCAUUACAAUUGCAGAAGAAACUAUUGCAGCUAUCAGAACAAUCAGAGGCUUCAACAGAGAACAGCAGGAUACAGACAGAUUCGUUGAAAAGAAUGAACAAGCAGCUCAUUACGAAAGAAACAUUGUUUACUGCAUUGGUACAAUGUUCUUUGUUGUCUUCAUUUGCGUUUGGGCUGUUGUCAUUGGAAAUCUUUAUUAUGCUUCUAAAUUGGUCGUAAAACAAGAGAACGGUAAAAAGUUCGAAGCUGGUACAAUGUUUUCCGUAUUCGGUAUGACAAUGAUGGGUUGCAUGGGCUUAGUUUUCUUCGAAAACUCAAUUCAAGCAGAACAAAGAGCCGUUCAAGCCGCAAACAGAGUUGUUCAGCUUCUCGACUAUCAGCCAUCAAUCAACUUCGAAGGGGGCCUCAAGUACGAUGACUUCAAAGGUUAUAUCAAAUUCGAAAACGUUUCUUUCUGUUAUCCAACGAGAAAUGUCAUGGCUCUUAAGAAUGUCAGCUUCGAGAUCAAGCCAAACGAACAGAUUGCUUUAGUUGGUCACUCAGGUUCCGGUAAAUCAACUUGUGUCCAACUCAUACAGAGAUACUACGAUGUUACAGAAGGUAUCAUUACAAUCGAUGGCCAUGAUAUCAAAGAACUCGAUCCUCGCUGGUUACACAGAAAGAUGGCUUUGGUUUCUCAAGAACCAACAUUGUUCCAAGCUUCAGUAAAAGAGAACGUUUGCUACGGUGUUACAGACGAGAAGACAGAUGAACAAGUUUGGGAAGCUCUCGAGACAGCAAAUGCCAAGAAAUUCGUUCUCAAAUUCGAUGAUCAACUCAAACACAUGGUUGGUGACAGAGGAAGUACUGUUUCAGGUGGCCAAAAGCAGAGAAUCGCAAUUGCUAGAGCUGUUAUCAAAGAUCCAACAAUUUUGAUUUGCGAUGAAGCAACUUCUGCUUUGGAUGCGGAAUCUGAAAAGAAAGUUCAAAGUGCUCUUGAUAAGAUCCUCGAAACAAGAACAGGCGUAAUUGUUGCUCACAGAUUAUCAACAAUCAAAAAUGCAACAAGAAUUUACGUAUUUGAUGCAGGUGAAAUCGUAGAAAUUGGUAACCACAAGGAACUUGUUGAGAAGAAAGGUCAUUACUAUAAUUUGGUAAAGAGGCAGUUGAAAUCUACUGAAGAAAAGAAGGAAGAAGAAGAAAAGAGGAAAGCUGAAGAGAAUUCAGAGAGUAAAGAAACAAGUAGCUACAGCGGAUCUAAUGAUGGUACUGUAAGUGGUUCUAAGAAAGUUAUUAAAUUAGAUGAUGAUGAAGAGAUCUCAGAAGUAUCUGAAUCUUCGUCAAAGUAG